AUGGCUUUCGCUUGGAAAACCGCAGGCAUCAGUUAUCUCCAAUACGCGCAGAUAUGUGCAAGAGCAGUUCGGAAUGCUUUAAAGGAGGAACAACGCGUGAUUGCACAACGUCGUGACGAACAAGGACUAAAAUUUGCGAAAUGGGAAGCAGGAAAACAGGGAGAAGUGAAAAACGUAGAAUUUUUAAGAUCAGAAUGA